AUGAUAGCGAUAUUAUCGAUUUUGUUACUGGCAGGAUCCACGAUAGCCAGUCAGGACUUCCUAACGAAUUCUCUGAACCACUGCAUCUCCGCGGAUUCCUGGUCCAGCUGCCUCAAACACGAGGUCCUUGGAUACCUAGAUGAAAAGUUGGGUACCAUUACCGAAGCCAGGUCUCUCGAUACCGUCGAUGAAGCCAUCGUAGCGAGAACCUUCAAGUAUCUCAAGAGUUUUGAUUAUGGCUUGGACUUACCCUUCACCGAUGCCAGUUUAAAAUAUAGACCGAGUAGAAGCUUGGCUGAUCUUGAUAUUGAAUUUAAAGGCAACGAUGUUGUUACCAAUCAGGCUCGUGGAUUACUUAAGAAAAAGUUGCUACUUCCCUUUUUGCUCCUGUUGAAGCUGAAACUAAAAGCACUUAUGCCGAUCUUCGUGGCUAUCAUUGGAUUGAAAGCUUUGAAAGCUCUAAUUCUCUCGAAACUCGCUAUCUUAGUGGUCGUUGGAUUCCUUGCCGUACAAUUCUUAAAGAAGGGUGGCAUGAUGAUGCCUAUGGGUAUGUCAAUGGAACCGGCUUCUCCCGCAUACGGAGCUCCACCUAUGCCCUCGACCACGUCGAGCUACGAUCCGGCUAACACAUGGGACGGAACCGGCCCGUAUUCCCGCGUUUGGACGCCGACCAAUGGAGUGGAGUCUCAGAAUUUAGCAUAUAGCUAUUAUUCACCCAGCAGUGGUUCAAGCUCGUAUAGUUCGCUUGGUUCUUCUUCAUCCUCUUCGUCUUCGUCGUCUUCAUCUUCAGGCAGCUCAUCGAACUACUAGACGAAGAAGGCUAAGUGAUCCAUUCGUCAAUGCCAGUCUCGAUCGUUCGUCUAGACCAAAGAAGCUAAUAACACUGAAUUGACACGCGAAUCGAAGCAAAAUACAGCUUUCGAUGAGCUCUCACCUCCACUUCCUUCCCUCUCAUCGACUAAUAUUUCUCGUAUGUCCUCGAAGAAUAUCAUCGAUCAUCACAUUGGACGUACUUCGAUGUAUUAGAUCCGAUCAGCAAAAUAGCCGAUCGAAGUUUUUGAUCUUUCCUGUCGAAAAUGUCGAUGGAUCAUCGAGUGAAUAUCAGCGAGUACGAGAUAUGUUACCAUUUUAUGUUAGACGGUUAAUUCCUUUUGU